CGUUAGUGUUUUAUUCACAACGUUGCCCAUAAGUUCAAGUAGCCCAGAGAAAUAAUAAUGCUGAAUAUGAAUGAAAUUAACUCUGGCAUCCACACAAAUUUGUUUAUUUUAAUGUGCAGUUAAACAUUUUUACACUAUAGUCUUUAUGUAUACAAAAUAUGAAAAUAUUUAUUGUUCUGCACAAUAUUCACCAAUAUUAAUUUUUAGUUCUAUAUAUUUGCUCUUCUGAUAAAAAUGCAGGAUCUUAACACGCAUGUGCCUUCGUCACUUAGCGUACCUGCCGUGCGUUUCGAUGUAAAUAAAGAAUUUCAAUAUCGCAACUUGUCUCAUGAUCGUGAUAGUUCCAUUGCAAGGCUUCAACGUAAGUCAUGGAUACGUUCUAGUAACGAAAGACGAUCUAAUCGGGAAGCACUUACAACUUUACUAUCAUCUCAUGGUGAAAACUCCAAUGAUUGUAUUGAGAAAUUGUUAGCAGAAGAGAUAUCAUAUCGGGAUUUGGCGUCGCUCUCAAGCUCCGACUUGGAAUUGAUGGGUUUCAAAGACCCCAAUGAACGCCAGGAACUUAUGAUAUUUUUCUCAGAGCUUCCGAAUCAGGAUCCCACAUAUAAAGACAUAUGUGGUUUGCCUGAAGCAAAGGAGUAUAAUUGUGAAAUUUUGGGCAAGGCUAUUGACCAUUUUGACAACAUGCGUUCAGCUCUUUCUGCGACCAAUUAUAAAUUGAAGAUUUUGCCUCCAGAUGACAUUAUUGUAGGAGAAAAGAGUUUUGCGAGCCGUUUUGUUUUGGAAUCACUAGCAGAAUUAAAGGCCGUAACUUAUGAAAUAGAUAAAGAGAUUGACGACUUAGUUAAGCUUCAAAUGGACAAAGAUUCUAAGCAGUCGCCCGACACCAAUAUUAAAAAAUAUUCAUAUAGCUAUUUUGGUAUUUGGGCAUUCAUUUGUACGAUGGCAGCAGCCGGAGCCUUGGCCUCAUCUUACAUUCCAAAUAUAAUCAGAAAAUAGACAGUCACAAUCAUUCACAAUAUGGAGUUUUUUCAAUUGCUUUAUAUUUGUACUUUUACAUCUCUUUAUCCAAGAUCAAAUUAAAUUUAUGUUUUUGAAUAAAAAAAUUAUUUUAGGUAUCGAGUAUGCCUAGUAAAUCUUAAAUUAA